CUGAUAGACCGAGCCACCAGCCCUCGCGAUGAAGGCGAUCCCAAAGCUGAGCAGAAGACCCUGGAGGAGAGCUGGCAGGACUUGGCCUUAAUCAAGGCAACGCCAAAACCCCCCAAGAAGCAGAGAAGAGAAGACCUCAGCGAGCCUCUGCUCACUCCGGCUCGGCCACCGCUGCCAGAGCCCAGGGUCUGCUUUGCCCCUCUGGAGACUCCUCGGGUUGAAUCCAGCCCUCCGCGCUGCCUCACGCUGCAGGAGAAGCUCCUCUCCCACUACAGCAGCCGGCUGGCUGUGCCCAAGGCACAAGCAUCCCUCGUCCUGCAGCUGGCCAGGAGCAUCUGCACCCAACUGCAGAAUUUCCUACGGAGCAAGUGCCCGGAGCUGCCCUUCAGCAGCCUCUUCCUCAGUGGUCCCCUGCUUGAUGGCUUCGGGGCUCUGGCAGCUGACCACGUCUACCUCAUGCUGCCAGUGGUCCUUGAUGCCGCGCUUUGGAGCCUCAUCCCGGGAGAGGACACCGUGGUGAGGAACCCCCAGUACUGGAUGAUCAAGAGGACUGAUUUGGAGUAUUUCCCUCGUGGGUGCAGCCCCUGGGACAGGUUCAUGGUGGGCCGGUACCUCUCCUCCAACGCGCUCAAUGAGACUCUCCACAAGAUGCUGGUGGCCUCCAUCAACUGGCCGGCCAUAGGCAGUCUGCUGGGGAGCGUCAUCCACCCGGUCGUGGCCUCCCAGGAGCUGAAGCUGGAAGUCAAACAUGAUCAGGUCGAGCUGAGCAUCACCCUCUUCCCGGUGGUGGAAAUGGAGGACAAAGUUCUUCUGGCUGUUCCUCCUGAAGGGCUGGUGGAAAACCUCUGGCUUGAGAGCUUUUACAGGGCAGAGGUCUCGAAGGUGAAGGAGCUGGAUGCUGGUGACUCCGGGGCUCGGCAGCACUGCCUCCGCAUCCUGAACGGCGUCUGCAAGAGCCAUCCCGCCCUGCAGAAACUGAGCGGCAGCCCCUUGACCCAUGUCGUCCUUCACCUCAGUGCUACCAGUUCGGACUGGGCAGAAGAAAGCCUUGCUGACAGGUUCCAGCAGGUGCUUGAAGAGCUGGUAGGCUACCUGGAGAAAGGGGUCCUGCCUUCCUAUUUCAACCCCAAAAUCAACCUCUUCUGUGAGCUGUUGGAAGAGGAAAUCGAUGAGAUGGGCUUCGUGCUCUACCAGGCCAUAUCUGAGCCGGAGCUCCUGCCGAAGGAGUCAUGA